GACCCAGAUGAGGUAGAGUUUUGUGGAAGUGCUCCUAUUUUUAUCAGAGGAAGCACGGCUUUAUUUUCUGCAGAGAAAGUCAUUGAAAUACUCGCUAAAGAACAUGUGGAAAAUGUCCUAUGCAAACAUCAGCCCUGUCGUGUACAGAUCAAUGCCUCUUUUCUCGUUGAUCUCAGAGUAGUUGCUUUGGAAGACUUAGAAGCUGAUGACAACGGAUCAUAUGAAAACCUUGGAUCUCGGACUGACACGUUCCAAUUAAAGUUCGAAAAUGGGUUGCUGGAAAGUUGCAACAAAAUUUCUAGAACGAAAGUCGUGGGGGAAGAUUAUUUCCAUUUGACAAGAAAGUACAGAAGAUGUUCUUCUUCCCCCCAUUUCAAGAGGACAAUAUCUUUUUGUCGAUCGCCAUCUGGGGAUAUCCUAGGCAACCUUGCACUUGUACAGUACAACUUUACUGGAGAAGAGCAUCCCUUUGUGUUGAAGUGCCAUGGAAAUUCACAGAAAAGUAAGAUCCCGUAUCAACGAACAAAUGAAUCCACCAAGUACAAGCUUAAGUGUAAUCUCCAGCAACACUUCCCUAAAGAGGCAUUUCAAAAAACCACAAGAGAGUUAGGAGGAACGAUGAACGCACAGAGUGCCGGAGUAACCCCAAGGAACCGGAAACAAGCUUAUAAUAUGAAGCAACAGACGGCUGGGUGUGCUCGUCAAUCGAGCACAAACGACGUUCUUGGAAGUCUACUAGCUAUGGCAAACGAAGAAAGGUGGUGCGAUGGUCAAACUACAUUCAUACGCACAAUCCAAACACAUCCAAAUCCAUUAUUUAUCGUAUUGGGGUCUAGUACACAAUUUCAAAAUUUGAAAUGCUACUGCACAUCAGAAUUAGUGUCGAGUAUAUUGACAGUUGAUCCCACAUUCAACAUUGGAAAGUACAGUGUCACACCAGUAACUUAUCAAGACCUUUUGUUGGUCUCCAAACGCACUGGCGAACACCCUAUUUGUAUAGGACCCAUUCUGAUAAGUCAGAAUUUGACAAAAGAAGUGUAUACAGAUUUUGUCUACUGUAUUCAGAAGAACUGUCCAGGUCUGAAGGAAGAACUGAGGGCAUUUGGUACUGACGGAGAAAAACCCCUUGAACAGUCCUUCUCAGAGGGAUUUCCAUCUGCUGUGAAACUUAGAUGUAUGAGUCAUUUCCGCAAUAAUGUCAAAGACCAUCUUAAAGCCCUGGAAGACUCCAGCACGACUGAAAUCACAAACCAGAUAUUUGGUUACCACCUUGAUGGCGUCUACCAUGAAGGACUGGUUGACGCAGAGUCCUCUGAAAUGUUUGACACUCUUUUUGAAUCUGUACGAACAAAAUGGGAGGAAAAGUCUCCAUCCUUCGUCCGCUGGUUUGCUACAACUACUACUAUGAUUAAAGAAACGAUGCUUCCUAAAGUACGAACGGCAGCUGGGUUAGGGUGCCCCCCAAAAAAGUUCUACACGCACUGCUCAGAGAGCAAUAACCACGUAAUCAAGCACAAAGAGAACUACCAAGAGGUGUCUCUUCCAAAGUUUGUGGAAGAUAUGAAGCAGCUAAGGGCUGAUUUCGAUGACGAAUUUGUUAAGGCAAUCACAGGAAGAGGGGAGUACAAAAUGAAUUAUCCGCACCUUGCCCUAAGUGUAGAUCAGUGGUUUAAGAUGACGGUGAAGCAAAGGGAAACGUACGUGAAGAAGAUGCGACGAAUGUCCAUGGCAGAAGUGUUGCAGGGGGAGAGCAGAGCUAUUGGACAUGUGGCGCCUGUUGGUCCUUUGUCUGCUUCUUGGGAAAUGCUUGACAUUCCUCUUGAUGAUGUCAUAUUGAGGAACAUAUGGGAGAAGGCGGCCAAGAUAGUUUCCUCCCCUGGUGCAGUUCAAUGUGCUCCUUUCUUUCCGGGCAAGCAAGCCGAAGACUGUGAUACAUUCUUAGUCAUAAGUGAGAGUAGCAGUGAGAACUUUCACACAGUGAAGUGUAGCAGCAGUGUCAGUGGUGUUGUCAAAUGUUCCUGUCCAGGCUUCAAAUCGCUUGAGUUUGUUCGCAUGCCGUAGCAGUCGCUGAAAAGCAAGGCCUCCUAUCCAAAUAUCUGAACUUUUAUAAACAGAGCAAGGUUCUUAAUAUUACCACCAUAAACAUGGCAGGAAAGCAAGACCCCAACGUGGGAAGGAAGAAAAACAAUCCUCGAAAGCGUUUUAAGGGACCAACACCUCACAGCGAUGUCACUAUUACAUGUGAAAAUGUCUUUGGUGUGAGUGCUAAGCAGCCACAACGACAACCACAACAACAUCAGAUGUUAUCUCUACCUCCACCUCCCCCAAGUGCUUCUUUAUCAAUCGGCAACAUCCAACUUCCAGCACGUACUGUUUCUGAGUGUGUCUUCUCACAUGGUGGCUCUUGUUCAUCUAUGCAGUCAUUGGCAUCAAAUCCAGUUCCAAGACCUGGAUUGAGUGUUUCAUCACUCCCUCAGCCGACAAGUAACCCCACUGAUGGACCAUUCUCAUUUUUGGCUGAACUUCUGAACGAUAAUCCUGCACCAUUCACUUCACCUGAAUGUGAACCUCCUGCACUUGGUUCCCACGGUUUAGAGAACGUAGAUAUGCCUAUGGACGUGCCACUUCAAUCAUCUCUAGACGUACCGGUCAAAGUUAAUGCGUGGAUAACAGCCAUGCCUUCAACUGGUGGAAGAGAGGGUGGAAUUCACAGUUAUGGCUCCCGAGGUUUGCAGAACCCCAACAAUGUAUCACUGAUGUCAUCUCCACACACACCCGCAACAGGUAAUACCCGCAUGGCAACCGGUAUGAGGGGACCCAAGCCAGCCAUGCCCUCACCUAAUGUCCCAUAUCAAGUAGCAACGAUUUGGGGAAAUGUAAGAAAAUGCUACGGCUGUAAACAACACUUCCUGCCAGCAACGCCCCCUGAUGACCAUUACAUCCUUGUUAGACCUGAGGCUGACUGGUACUGGGAGAAGCAAAACAUGCAGUGGCGACUUGGACGGAAAUCAAACCGCUACUACCACAUGUCCCCCCAUUGUAUUAGAAGAAACUUUCCACGUUUUUCAUUUGCACAUGUUGUCGUUCCAGCUGAACUGCCAAAACCUAUAAAGGAUAUAUUGCAAUACAGGUUCACUCAAUCCUGCUGA